AUGGCAGCAACCGGAACUCCCUCAGUGGUCCACGUCGACCCGAAUGAGGCCGGUGUAUACGAGAUUGAGAGCUUGUGCAUGAACUGUCGCGAUGAGGGUGUGACACGAAUACUGCCGAUUAAAAUCCCGUACUUCAAAGACAUCCUUCUCGAAUCGUUCUCCUGCGAGCACUGCGGUUGGGAAAACAAGACGGUAAAGAGCGCAGGCGAGAUCCAACCGACGGGAACAAAAUACAGCUUCAGACUAGAUAAAUCAGAAGAUUUCCAACGGCAGAUUGUCCGAAGCGACACGGGUGUUUUCCGGAUCGAAGACAUUGACCUCGAAAUGCCGCCUGGGCCAGGUCAAUUGACCAACCUAGAGGGUAUGAUCACGAAAAUCAAGACCGACCUGGAAUACGACCAGCCAGAGAGGAAACAAACCAAUCCGGACCUUUACAACGCGCUUGACGCAGUUAUUCAGAAGGUGGACAAGAUGCUGCAAGGCGAAGCAUUCCCGUUCACAGUCUCCGUGGACGACCCUUCUGGCAAUUCCUUUAUCGAACCUUCCCCCGAAGAUAAGGGCAACAAAUACAUCCGAACGGAUUAUAUUCGGACCCGAUCACAAAACGCGAUGCUGGGAUUGAUUGCAGACGACGAGGUGGAGAAAGAAGGCGUGAGCAUGGAUGAUGUUGAUAUCAUCGACAACACGGUCUAUGAAUUGCACUCAGAAUGCCCGGCUUGCUCGAAGCCGUGUACAGUCAACAUGAAGAAGACCAACGUGCCUCAUUUCAAGGACGUCAUCAUCAUGGCCACCGUAUGUGACUACUGCGGCUACAAGACCAACGAGGUGAAGACUGGCGGGGAGAUUCCCGAGAAAGGCAGGCGGAUAACAUUGGAUGUCAAGACGGUAGAGGAUUUGUCCCGGGACAUUCUCAAGUCGGAGACCUGUGCCCUGAAGAGUGAUGACCUUGGAUUGGAGGUACAACCGGGCACGCUCGGUGGGCGGUUCACAACAGUGGAAGGCUUGCUUACACAGGUGCGCGACCAGCUUCACAACCAGAUAUUCGACGUCGGCGGCGAAGACCUUGCUCCGGGUGAUUCCAUGGCCGCCGAAAGCAAAGAGAGAUGGGAUAAGUUCUUCGGCAAGCUCGAUCGGGCCAUCAAGGCUGAGUUCCCAUACACGAUCACUUUGGAAGAUCCGUUGGCGAACUCAUACGUCCAGAAGAACGUAGAUCCCGGCCAGGUUGACCCCCAAAUCAGAGAGGAGGAAUAUACAAGAACGGACGAAGAGAAUGAAGAAUUGGGAUUGAACGACAUGAAGACGGAAGGAUAUGAGAAAACGGAUGGAGCCACUUCUUGA